AUGGCUUACAUGCUAAGAAAACUGCUGGUUCUUUUGCUGGUUGGUCCCGGUUGGUCCUGGUUCAUCUGGAAUGAAAAUGAACCAACCACGCCCUGCAGCAACAGAUGUCCAUCAGACUGUGACUGCAGCAACAGAGGUUUCAUCAGUGUUCCCCAGCAUCUACCCACAAGUAUCACUGAACUUCACCUAGAGGACAAUUCCAUCACAAGCCUGUUUUCGUCUGACCUCUCCAGGUACAAGUGUUUAAAAGGACUAUAUUUGAAUAGAAAUCAGAUAUCUAUUGUGCAGCCUGGAGCAUUUUCAGAUCUUGUACACCUGACAUAUGUACACCUUGAUUCCAACCAGCUAAAAAGCAUUCAGUCCGGUACAUUCUCAAAUAUACCUAAGCUGAUAGAUUUGUUCCUGCGCCACAACUAUCUAUCUAGCAUUCCGUCUGGAGCAUUCUCAAAUCUACCCAGUCUUGAAAGUUUGGCUCUAACAGGCAAUGGCCUGACCCAUAUUCAGCCUGGCGCAUUCUCAAAUCUACCCAUGCUGAGACGAUUGUGCUUGAAUGUCAAUAACCUAACUAAAAUCCCUCCGGAUUCAUUCUCCAAUCUACCGCAGCUCCGAAGGCUGGACCUGACCUCAAAUCGGAUAAGUAACAUUGAUUCUGAUUUGUUCUCAAAGAUGCCUCUGCUCGAGUUAUUAGUUAUAGCGGAUAACCAGAUAAUUAUCAGUCCUGGUAUCUUCUCAAACCUUAACCAGCUCCAACGAAAGGACGUGUAA